AUGGCCGCCACGGCGGUGACGAGAGCCCAAAACCGGGCCAUUGCAAAGGGCACAGACCCAAAGGCGGCCACUUGUCGGGCAAAGUUGCAACGAGCGAGGUCUGCUCUAAACAAGCAGAUGGACCGGGAGCUGCGGUUACGCGAGGGCGCUGAGAAUCUGUUGCGGGCUACCACUAAGAAUAGCGGUAGUAGUGAUAACAGCGGUAUCGUCGGUAGUGGCGGUGGUCGCAAGAAUAAGAGCAAAAGUAGAAAGCUCAUUAGGCAAACGGUGGCACUGGAGCUAAGUUUCUUAGAUUCCAACGUCCGAUUGCUGGCUGACGAGCUGGCUGAGCUUAACGGUUCGGUUGACGUGUAUCAGUAUCGAGACGACGACGAUGACGACAAUGUAGAUGAUUUUGACGGUCGCCGUUGUGAUUCUGCAGUGGAAGGUACCAGUGCAGACGGUACAAUAGCGAAUCGACGACGACUGCGACGGCAACGGUUAAUGCCCAUGAUUGCUGUGCCGUUAAAGGACACUAGACCAAUAGAUUUUGGUCCACCACUCGAGCGGUUCAUCAGUCAACACUAUGGCGUGGAUUUAUCAGCGAUACCUGAAGAGACAAGCGCUGUCAGAGGUGGUGUAGGAGACGACGGAGAUGACUACGAUAGCAGUGGCAACACGACGCGGCGACGUUUAUUAUCGUUACGUGAAGCUAUAGACGAAUUGACGCAGCUCCGGGUGGAUACGCAGACGCCUAGCAGAGACUUAGAUGGCGUUCGACUUUUGCUGAGGUACUACAGGCAGUUGUACUACGUGGACCGCAGAUUUUUCCCACCCACUCCAACGGUGGCACCGGUGACAACAACAUCGCGAAAUUAUCACCAAAAUAAUCGCCAACUGCAGGACCCAGCCUAUCGUCACGUUAAGCAGCAACAGCAACAGUACUCGACCAUCGUCGGCUCGUCGUUGUAUUCACCACCGCCAGCUAUUUAUUUCGAGUGGUACGAUUCAUUCGGUGGUCCAGUGCCGUCGUGCGGCCAACGCACCGUCCGGUUCGAACAAGCGUGCGUACUGUUCAACGUGGCGGCGGUGCACACGCAAAUGGGCGCAAAGUACGACCGCCGUUGCAGAGACGACGCGGACGAUGGCGACGACGACGAUUAUAGCAUGAGCAUUGGCUCGGGAAAGCGGACCGGAUCUUCGUCGACGUCUACCAGUCCGGAAGUGACGGACGGGGCCGCGGCUGCCGCGCAGUGCUUUCUGCGGGCGGCUGGCGCGUACCGGCACAUCGGCGACACGUUCGCCAAUGCGCCUGCUCGUGCUGCCGAUCUUCGCGCCACCGGCGUCCUAUACGCACUCAUGAUGGCUCAAGCUCACGAAUGCGCUUUUGAGAAAUUACAAUGGCGGUUCUUGACGUCUGUUCGGCAGCGGUGUCGUCGUCGACAUCAUCGAGGCUACGGAGCAAAAGAAGUUGAAGCCAGUGCUGAAGGACUUGGCAGUGGUGACCGUCGUGGCCGUGGUGACAGAGAUGCAGCUGUCGUUGGUGGUAACAUGGGAAGGACGUUCGAAGCAAAUACAUCGACAUGGACAGAGUUAGCUCGUGAAGCGGCACACGUAUCGCGAAUGUACGGAGACGUGGUGUACAACAGCUGCUGCCGUCCGUCCAACGACAAGACCGCCAACCGCGGUAAGGAAAACGGCGGCGAGCCGGGCGGCACGACGACACCUGCGCCCAUGUUGCCGGACGUCUGGGUGGCCGUGUGCAAGAUCAAAGACCGACACUACGCGGCACUGGCGUACCGGUUCGCCGCAUGCGCUCUGCUCCCGCACCGCCGAUGCAGCGCGGGCGAGCAGCACCACGCGGAUGGUGCCCGUCGUCGUAGCACCGUCGACUCGGACGCCGGCCAACUGCUGACGGAGCUGACGGCGGCUGCAGCAGCCGCGGGUCUUGGGAUCGUCGACGACGACGACGACGACGACGACGACGACCGCAAUGGCGAGGCGACCUCAGUGGUGGCGCGACAACGGCGGCGUCGCAAACAACUCGGUAUGUUAUUGCUUGAGGCGGCUGCAGCGGCCCACGACCGAGCGGACCGAGCACAGCGACUGUGCCGGCAGCUCAGGGCUAAAUCCGAGGGGAAUACGUCGGGAAGCGGCGGCGGAGGUGGUUUACUGGCCGGCGUGUUGGACCGAGAACGGCAGCGGACCGUUCGGUUGUUGCUAUCGCAACGCCGGGACGAAGUUGGCGACGACGAGUACGGUACGACCGAAGGCGACAACGACCGCAGAGUUAGCCGUGCCGAAAAGAGCCCGUGCUGGGAUUGCCGGGAAUGUUGCUCGGACGACGACGGUGUUGAUGCUGCCGCGGUAGCCGAUUUCUGUUCGGACGAUCAAGAGGAGUUUACCGCGGCCGGCAUCGCUGGCAUCCCAGGUCUGGACGUGGAUCGCGGUGUGCUAAUCAGACCGCGGACCAGAUUUCGGUUGAUGUCGAUUGCGCCCGACUUCACGGAUACCGGUGACGGGGACAACUUCGGAGACGACGGCGACGACGCGGACGGCGGCGGCGAAGACCGACACCGGCAGAAUCGCGAAGAGCGGCAGCACGAGACCGCCGACCGCGAGGAACGCAGAGUCGACCUGUUCGCCGGGCUGGGGCCCGUGGCCGUGUUCUCGGCGCGGCACCAGUGUUCGCGGCCCCGCUGGGUGAAAGUGGCCCGCGGCGGCGGCGGCGGCGGCGGCCGUCACCGUUCGCCCGGCGGCGACGAAGGCGUCUGCGACGACGACAAAUCCGCAGACCCGAUUCAGCUGGUGGACCGGUGGUUUGGGUUGGAGUUGCGCAGCCACGGCGGCGGCACGGCGGUCGCGGUCCCGCCGGCUACCGUGGGACACGUCCGGUCCAGUUCUCAGGCACAACACGUCGGCCUGAGACGCGGUGACAUAGUGGUGGCGUUAAAGCUAUGUUCUAGCGAUGGCGGCGGCAAGGCAGUGGACGUCAGGUGGGAAACGUGCCGCAGGGUGGCCGAGCUUAUAGUCCACCAUCAUCAGCGGCGUCGGAAGUCUAGUUCCGGCGACGGAGCAGUCGUCGUCCAGUUGAAAGUUGUCACGCCGAUCACCGCCGCGACAGCGUCUGACAUCUACUCGGUCGCAGAUCCAAACAAGAUUUACAAACGGAGAAGUACAAAUAUGGCAGCCUUAACUUCAACUAUACAUUCAGCUGCACCUCUACCACCCAUGUUGUCACAGUCAAAUUCUAAACAACGUCGUCAACGACGACAGAACACAAAUGGUGGCAGUGAAGGAACCGAGAGUACUAAUAAAAAAAAUACAUGGUUGUGGAAUCCUUUUAGACGACGUCGGAGAAGCGUAGUCGGCAAUAAGUGUUAACAAUGUUGAUCGAUGUACUUACCAUUGAUUAUCAUACAAUAUGCAGUUGCAUGUUAAAUAAAUACUGUUCGUAAUCCGUAAGACAUUUUUAGGAUAGUAUGUUACUAUUAUGAUAUAAAUAAUAAACGCAAAAUAUAUACAUUUUCAA